AUGGCGGCCAGCAGCAGGAGUAGCAGUCCAACCAGUGGCAGUGGCAGAACCAAGAGAGAAGGCAAGGAAAAGCACAAGAAGAAACGCAAGAAGAAAAAGAAGACGAUAACUCAAUCGACCAUCUUGGGAAGCCUACCCGUAUGGAUCCUCGUGGUAUUGCUGGGCGGAAUCGCCUUGUUCUUCAGUCUCAAUGGGUACCUUGCAAUGUCACUGAUUGACAAAAGCAAUAACAGUGAUAUCAAUGAUUCCGUGCCCUUUUUUCAACAAAUGUGGACCAAGGGCAAGGGACGGCUCGAACAGCUUUCGAUAAAAGACAAGAAUUUGUUUGAAAAUGUUACUAAUAGUGGACGACAGCAGAUGAUUGGCCGAGACUGUGCUUCCUUUGGUUGUGCCAUUACUCCACCCGACUACAAGGGCGACCAAAUACAGCAGGCAUUGCUCCAAAUCAAAAAUGACACUUCAGAUAUGCGUAGCAUUAUUGCUCCCUUUGCCUCGUGGGAAAUGGCCACAAUGACACGCAAGAGCAACCGCAAACAUCCUCCCUUUAAUCAAGAUGCUGCUGCCAUUAUCAAACCCUUUCAAACGGCACAAACUACCUCGAAAGCGACAGGUUUCUUUGUGGGAAUAUUUGAUGGACAUGGAGAGGAUGGACACAUUGAUGCCCAGUACUUUGUCAAGGAUGUACCCAAAAGACUGGCGCAAAAGUUGGACUCCAUGGCAGUCAACAGCAAUAAUAAGCAAGCCACCAUUGUGCAACAUCUAAAAGACACAUUUGUGGAAUCGGACGAGCUGGCACCCAAAAAGAUGAAGCUGCGAGGUGGAUGUACCGCUUCCGUCACGCUUCGAGUCGACAAUACACUCUAUUUUGCCAAUGCGGGAGACAGUCGCACCAUGCUGGUUGCCGUCAAUGCUCGGGAAUUUCAAAUUGUCGAGGCAGGGCCAGCUCCUGGAGUGUCGCAGCUAUACAUUACCCGUGCGGAUAAACCACACUUGCCAGAUGAAUUGGCACGCAUCAAGGCGGCAGGAGGGACUGUCCACAUACCACCACCCAAUCCAAACUUGUCGCGUGUCAUUGUACACAGCGAUGAAUUCAAUGAUACCAUUGGACUCGCCAUGAGCCGCAGUUUGGGCGAUUAUGAAUGGACACUCAAGGGGGUCACCCCCGAGCCUCUAGUGGAUGUCAUUUCAUUGGACGACUUCCACAAUAGUACGCAGGAUCCCAUGACGUCCAUAUUCCUCGUUGCGGCCAGUGAUGGACUCUGGGAUUAUCGCUUGAAGCAAUGGUAUGCCAAGCAAUUCGCAGAGAGCUUUCUCAAUGGAAAAGACGACAAACGAAGAAUUCAUCCCUUGCAAAAGAUGCAGGACAUUAUUGAGUUUGUGUCGCCAAACAGGGAGGAUUGGUACAGGGAUGACAUUACGGUUGUGACCUUGCGAAUCAUGUAA